CGCCGCCACUAGUGAUGCGUGCGCGCACCAAGCUACUCGCUUUUAUAUUAAAUUGACCUUAUUUACUUUGCUGGAGGUCGAUAAACCUUGACAUAUGAAUCUAGUGUUGCUCUAGCCACAAUCCGCUCGAGUGUUCUCCUAGUGUUUUACUUAAAGUGUAUGCUGGACCAUGUCGAAUUCGGUCGAAGUUACGAUAAGUCCGGACGUCAAAAUUGGCGGCGCUAACCCGUGUUUCAUUAUAGCAGAAGUCGGACAAAACCACCAAGGUGACAUUGAAAUAGCGAAAGAGUUGAUAAAAGCCGCAAAGGAAGCAGGCGCGAGUUGUGUCAAAUUCCAAAAAACAUGCCUUAAAGAAAAAUUCACAAAGAAAUAUCUGGAGCGGCCGUACGAUAAUGCCAACUCAUGGGGCAAAACCUAUGGAGACCACAAGAAGCACUUAGAAUUCUCGGAAACCCAGUAUAGAGAGCUGUUCAAGUAUGCGCAGGAGGUCGGCAUCUUAUGCACUGCUUCCGCCAUGGACAUGGUGUCCUUCGAUUUCCUAGUCAACAUGAAGGUACCCUUCAUCAAAAUCGGGUCCGGCGAUUCAAACAACUUGCUGUUCCUCAAAUACGCAGCAUCUAAAAAGAUCCCUCUGAUCAUCUCGACCGGGAUGGUGGACAAGACUGCAGUUAAGACUAUCUAUGACAUCAUAUCCGCGCAACACAAACAGUUCUGCUUGCUUCACUGUAUCUCAGCGUACCCUGUGCCUUUUGAGGACUGUAAUCUGACCGUGCUGCAGGACUACAAGAACACAUUCGACAUUCCAGUCGGAUACUCCGGCCAGGAGUUAGGCACGGCCGUAGCUUUAGGAGCCGUUGCGCUGGGAGCUAAGGUGCUGGAGAAGCACAUAACAUUAGACAAGAGCAUGAAAGGCACGGACCACGUGUGCUCGCUGACGCCGACGGAAUUCUCCCAGCUGGUGCGUGAUGUGCGCGUCAUCGAGGCCUCGCUGGGGACGCCCAUCAAGAAGGUCGUCACCUCAGAAAUUCCAUGCAUCGACAAGCUUCAGAAGUCGCUAGUGAUGGGCAGUACGAAGAACAAGGGUGAAAUCCUGUACCCCGGAGACGUUAAAAUCAAGGUCGCGGAGCCGAAAGGCCUCAACGCGCUGCACUUCGAGGACGUCAUCUACAAGACGCUAGUGUGCGACAAGAAAGAGGACGAGCCACUGAACGAAGGAGACUUCUGCUAAAAAUUCCACGGGGUGUCCCGUACAAACGCAUUUUUUUUUCUUGUAUUCGAUUUUUUUUUUCUGUUUUAAGUCGAUGAUUAUUUUUCUAGCGUUUGUUGACCGUUUGUAAGAUAUGGGUCCAGUUUUGGUCAGUUAAGUGUGUUGUUAUUUUUUUUAUCAAUAUAAUCAUUAAUCAUGCAUGAAAAACGGUUCAAAAUAUUGUUUGGGAGAUAUGACUUUGUACGAACGUCGAAUAGAUGUUCCGUUGAAAAAAAGGCCGAUUAAAAAUAUUGUUAAAGUUCAAAACCUGAUACAAAAUAAAUACCAAAAAAUUUGUACAAUUACACUCACUCAAUUCUCUUUAUGAACGUAGCUGAUUAAAGGCUUCCACAAUAAGGUCUGAUGCGAUGCGUAGCAAUAUCAAUUUUAGAAAUUUGUCACACGGACUAUAAAACAAAAAACCGUAAGGUAAGUGCGUGUCGGAGCACGCGCAAUGCUGGAACCUUAAAACAAAAAAAAAACUCCUAGGUACGGACAGAAGAACGUUCAUCUCAAGGCACUUCGGUAGUGAACAAAAUGAUUCAUAAAAAAAUAAGUUAGAAUUAGAGAUCUUAAUCCUCUGCUAGUGUUACCUAAAAUGUAAAUUAUUAAAGUCAAAUUUACCUACUUAUACAAAGGCAUAAAUACCUUAGUGUUUAGCAGUGUAGUCGGUCAUGUUCUGUAUUUUUAAAAUAUGUGCCUGUGCAUAGGUAAAUACUACAAUUUUUAUAAUAAGAUAUAAUAGAAAUGUAUAUUAAUUUUCAAACAAUGACAUGCAACGAAUUUAUAUAAAGUAAUAACUUAUAAGUACAUGUAUAAUUUAUCUACUUAUGUUAACCGUAUAUUACCGAAUUGUAAAUCUAGAUACCUAAAAUACUCGUUUAACGAAUUAAAUUCUAAUUUUUUUGUUAA